GGGGCGGGGAUUCUGACCCCGCCCCUACCUCCUGGGCGCGGGCUCGGCACUUCAGGACCUAGCCCUGCGCGCCGAGGUUGCAGGGCUAUGGACCUCCGGCCGGUCGUGAUCCCCCGCGAGCCCGCCUGGCCUGCGGCUUGACAGUGGCCCAGACAGUCACCAUGGGCCAGUGCCAUUACAAUGAGACGGUUGGCUUCUUCUACAACAACAGCGGCAAGGAGCUCAGCUCCCACUGGCGGCCCAAGGAUGUGGUGGUGGUGGCCCUGGGGCUGACCGUCAGCGUGCUGGUCCUCCUGACCAACCUGCUGGUGAUCGCAGCCAUCGCCUCCAAUCGCCGCUUCCACCAGCCCAUCUACUACCUGCUUGGCAACCUGGCCGCAGCCGACCUCUUCGCCGGCGUGGCCUACCUCUUUCUCAUGUUCCACACUGGCCCACGCACGGCCCGGCUCUCUCUCAAGGGCUGGUUCCUGCGGCAGGGGCUGCUGGACACCAGCCUGACGGCGUCAGUGGCCACCCUGCUGGCCAUCGCGGUGGAGCGGCACCGCAGCGUGAUGGCCGUGCAGCUGCACAGCCGCCUGCCCCGAGGUCGCGUGGUCCUGCUCAUCGUGGGCGUGUGGGUGGCCGCCCUAGGCCUGGGGCUGCUGCCCGCUCACUCCUGGCACUGCCUCUGCGCCCUGGACCGCUGCUCGCGCAUGGCGCCCCUGCUAAGCCGCACCUAUCUGGCUGUGUGGGCCCUGUCUAGCCUGCUGGUCUUCCUCCUCAUGGUCGCUGUCUACACCCGCAUUUUCUUCUACGUCCGGAGGCGAGUGCAGCGCAUGGCCGAGCACGUCAGCUGCCACCCCCGCUACCGAGAGACCACACUCAGCUUGGUCAAGACCGUGGUCAUCAUCCUUGGGGCCUUCGUGGUCUGCUGGACACCAGGCCAGGUGGUGCUGCUCCUCGAUGGCCUGGACUGCAAGUCCUGCAAUGUCCUCGCUGUGGAGAAGUACUUCCUGCUGUUGGCCGAGUCCAACUCACUGGUCAAUGCCGCUGUGUACUCCUGCCGGGACGUGGAGAUGCGCCGCACCUUCCGACGCCUGCUCUGCUGCCUGUGCCUGCGACGCUCGGCCCAGGAGUCCCCACAAGCCCCAGCCUCUGCCCGAAGCGGGGCCAGCACGCGCCUCGAGCUUCUGGAGAAUGGCCACACGCUCAUGGACUCCACCCUGUAGCCGCCUUCCACCCUAGGGAGCGGUGCGCUGGGCUUGGCCCAGCCUGACAGACAGACGGGCGGACCACGGCUGGCCACGCUGCCGCCUCCUAGGCACACACAGCCAGCCUGGGGCCAGGGACUCGGAUGAUCUCUAAGCACCUGGGAGAGAGUCGGACAGGGCGCAGGAAUACAGCUCUUUCUUGAUCAUCUCAGGUUUUAGGGUCUUUUAAAGGACAUGGGGUUUUUUUACUGCACAUCCCGGUAACCACUGUGGGCCAGCUCCUCCUACCUGGUGUUGUGAAUGCGAUGGGUAGAAGACGUGAGGUCUGUCCGGGCCUGGUGGCGCACACCUGUCAUCCCAGCACUCGGGAGGCUGAGGCAGGAGGAUCGAAGUGAGUUCAAGGCCAGUCUGGGCUACAUAGCGAGACCCUGUCUCAAAAAGCAAAGGAGAGAGUCGGAUAUGGGCUCUCCUGGUCCAUCGACCCAGUGUGACAGAAAACAAGUAGGAGACCUGCGUCCCUCCUGCUCCAGCAGACACUGAGGGCACCGAGCGUGAGCUGGGCGAGGCUGCCGGCCCUUCGAGGCCUCCAGGUCUCCAGAGCACGUGUUUGUCACCAGCUCAGAGUCCUCGGCGCCGUGUCUUGGAAUUGCCUGCAAGGCCCAGCUCAGCAGGAGCUUCCGCGGGUCUCAGCUGUCCUUGACCCUCCACUGGCUCCGGCUGGCUGUCGCUGUCACAGCGUCUCUUUCCUUCCGCCUCUGAGGUCUCCCUCUUUGGAACCUGGAGUGAACCCAAGUCUCAAUCCCUCUUGCCUCUCUGUGUCCUUUUUCUGAGUCCCGAUUGUAUUUGUUUGGUUCUUUGAAACAGUGUCUUGCUGUACAGUCCAGGCUGGCCUUGGACUCACUGUGUCGCCCCAGCUGGCUUUGAAUUCACAGUGAUCCUCCUGCCUCAGCCUCCUGCAUGCUGGAAUGGCAGGCAUGUGCCACCACACCUGGCUGAGUCCAGAUUGUUAAAGGUCUCGCGUCUGGCUGUCUCUGUGUCACCACCAACCCCACACCUACAUUCAGAAUACCUCUGCGGGUAGCCAGUGCAGGAUUUGAGUUCCCGUUCCUGGAGGCCUUCUGAUGUGCCAGCCGCACUGCUGAGUACUCAGCACCCCCUGCCUCUUGGGGCUCAAGUCUUCCGCUUAUUUCCCUAAGAGGAGAGUCACUCAGAGAGGCUGAGAUCUGUCCAUGGCUACACAGCUUGAAAAGGGCACAGAAGUUCCUGGGAAGCCCACAGUGAGUCCCACCCUCAGCUCGCCCACAGCCCCCAAAGCCUCAGGUGCCCACGCCCGUCAUGCAGCGCAGAGCUGCACCCGGCCAGGCUGGGGGGUUGGGGGGUGGACUCUGCCCUGCAGCCACCUCACAUUGAGGACAAAGGGCUGCUUCCCUGCUUCAGAUGCACGUGGUGAAAAGCAGCCUGAAUUUGAACCUAGGUCACUUCAGAAGACACAUCUUUUUCUUAUUUUUUUGUGGUCCUGAGAGUGGAGCACAUGUAUACUACCACACAGCUCCCCGCCCCAGCCCAGCCUUGGCAAAUUCUUAAACCAUUAAAGGAUCCAUUUCUAGCCAGCACGGUGGCGGUGGCGUUUGUCUGUGAUCCCAGCCCUCAGGAGGCUGAAGCGGGAGGAUCACAGCAAAUUCAAGGCCAGCCUGGGCCACACAGUGAGAUCAAGGGCACCCUAAACUAGGUAGUGAGACCCUGUUUCAAAACAAAACAGGUAAGGUCCUCUGUAUUAAAUGGCUCUGGGUUUCCCAUUGGGAAAAAGCCAUCCCUAACUCAUGAGGAGCAAGACUGAGUGGAGGGGGCGGGGCUGUCGCCCUAUGGCAGAGCAUGGGAAGUGCUCCGUCCCCAGCACCACACUUACACAGUGACCAGGCUGCCGGAUAUCCUCAAAUCUCCGGAGGUGACACCCACACCUUCCCAGGCGCAUGCUCAUGACAGAUGCCUCUGUGGGGCUCAAGGCCUGAGGAUGAACAUGGCAGCCUGGGUACUUCAGCAGCCAACCGAUUCCUGUAGGCUCCAAAAGCCAGACCUGUGUCCCUCUGCUCCGAGCACUCUGACAUCUGCACCGUUCAGGUUUUCCUUUGGGCCUUUUUGUUUUGUUUGUUUUUUCAAGUCAGGAUCUCAUUCUAGUCCAGGCUGGCCUUUCCACUCUCGACAAUCCUCCUGCCUCGGCCUCCUGAGUGCACCAGCACUCCUGGCUUCUUAGGAUCUUGUCCCAUCUGCUUUUCCAUCUGGUUCUCCUUCUCUGCCAGGUGGCAUCUGGUUUCUGUCUCCUGGUCCCCAAAGCCAGUGACCCCACCAGCCUGAGUUCUCUGAAGGCUGCUCCCUAGCACCCUCUAUGUGGGUGCGCUGCUGCCUGUGGCCGCCCCUUAGUCUGUUACUUCCUGAUGCCGAAGCCAGGCAUCCGGGCUCCUUCAUCAGCGAGCUUUGCCUGUUCUUGAGCAGGGCCAGCAUCAGUUUCCAGUCCCCUGUCCCCCAUGGGGUCCCUCCACUCCCUGUGACCUGGCACAUGUUGGAUGUCCGUCCACUAGUUCUAAAGGCCAGAGGAGAAUCGCUCUGACUGGGAAUGUACUUCAGGGCAGACAAUCACCCAACAUCCUUUAUUCACUGGAAAACCAUGUGCCAGCUCCCUCACUUUUUUUGGUACCAUUGAGGUUUGAAUCCAGGGCCUUCCCACUGAGCUACAUUUCCCAGGCCCCACCACCACCUGUUUUUGGACAGUCUUCCUAUGUAAUUCAGGCUGACCUUGAACUCCCAGGGAUCCUCCUGCCUCAGCCUCCUGCAUGCUGAGAUCACUAGCGUGAGCCAUCACACUCAGCCCUAUACUGGCAUCUUCUAGGCCCAGAACACUGGAUGGAGAGAAUAGACAAGCAAGUGGGAGGAUCUGAACCCCACCCUGGGCUGGAGGAGGGGGCGGGAGCCCUAGUGAUGCCGCCUAAGGAGGAUGAGGGAGCAGUAGGAAGGGAACCCAGGGGGACCAGGGCUUGGGGGAGUGUUGGAAGGAUUUAGGCUGAGCCUGGCUCUCCCCGUGGAGGAGGGUGGAAUGGGCAGCGCCGUUGCCUUGGUAACCCCUAAACAAUCCUUAGCCAUUGAGGGAAGGUCUUUGGGGCGUGUCUUGGAGACAGUGCGGGGCGCUGAUUGGCUCCGAGUGGCUUUGGGGUCGUGUCCGUGAGUGGAGCACAGCGACGGUUGGCUGGCCGCCGCAGAGGGGGCGGGCACAGACAGCCAGGGAGGGCUAUGGCGCAUGCGCGAGCGCUCAGGGACCAGGGCCCGGGCUGGGUACUGAUGAGGACUCUGUGCUCCUCCCCCGGCUGAGGUGGGACCCGUUCUCUGUGUUUUGUGCUGUGAAUUUGACAAAUAAGACUUAUUAGAGUCAGGGCAAUAAGCUAGAUACUGACCUGGCUCCUGCUUUCAAGAUCACGGUUUAGCUGGACGUGGUGGCGCACGCCUGUCAUCGCCGAGAGUUCGAGGCCAGCCUGGGCUACAUAGGGAGACCUUAUAUCAAAAAUAAUCUACAAAACUUAACACCACCUUGCAGGAGGGAACGGAGCAUCCCUGGAUGUUGGUAUCCAUGGAGGGAAAGGGUGCUGGAUACGACGCCCAGGGUACCAAGGCAGCUGGACUAGAAACUCCCCAGCGCAGCCUGCUGGAUUAGCAGCCUACAAGGGAGCAGACAGCGGCCAUGGACGAGGCUUCCGCAUCUGUUUCUCACCUGGCCGCUCUCUCUGGACAUGCUGUUCCUUCAUAAUCUUGGGGGCAGCUAAGCUCAGCUAUCCACCAAGAAAGAAUUUCAUUUCAAGCACUGGGUUAGGUGCCCUCAACCAAAAAUAUGUUUAAGGAAAACAAGUCUCGUGUGUGUGAGUGUGAUUUUGAGACAGAGUCUCACUCUGAAGCCCAGGUUGCCCUCAAACUCAUGGCAAUCCUCCUGCCUCAGCCUCCCCAGUACUGGGAUGACAGCUGUGCCCACCAUGCCAGGCCCUUUCUGCCAGUCUGACAUCUGUAGCUUGUGCCUUUUCCUCGAUCUUGUGCAAUCUGCCUUUGCCCAGACAGUGUGCCCAGAAAAGUGCUGGCCAGGAGUCUGCACAGUGAAGAAGCGAGGACCAUGCUCCCAGCACCCAAGUCUCCCUGGGUGCAGCUGCAGGGAGCCUGGAGGAGACAGAGGAGCAGGGCUUCCCUACACCCCAGGGGAGAGGGACAGACCUCAGUGUUGGGUUCUGAGGAGCAUUUCUGAUCAGGAGAGAGGCGAGCAGCUGUGUUUGACUAAGAAAUGUAGUGAUUUGCACUGGGUCAGUCAGUGGAGAAAUGGGUAAUAAGGACCUUGUAAUGACCUUUUCACAGACUGCAUUCCGUUCAGAAAUUACUAUUCUAGCCGUGCAUGGUGGUACACACCUGUGAUCCCAGCACCUGGGAGGCUGAAGCGGGAGGAUCCCAACAAGCUCAAAGCCAGCCUGGGCUACAUAGUGAGGCUGUCUCAGAAAAUUAAAAAAUACAAAAACAUGA